ACACCAAUUCGCCGACGACAUCACCGCGAGUACCACUCAGCAUCAAAGUUGAAGAGGAAAAAAAAAAUACCCAAAACAAACAAAUAAAAUGGCCGUCAAAGUAAGUGACUACGUCGAAUUUUUUACGCGGCAAUCAAAAAAAAAAAAAAAAAUAUCUAUUUGUCAAAAACGAUAAUGUCGAUUCUGAAUUUCCUGAGCUUCCUCCGGCCGGGCCCGUUCUUCUGUACGGAGCCCCCGACCUGUUCGGUCGGCUGCGCCUAGCCACAAGACUCACGGCCCGCCUCUCGCCUUCGUCAUUCCUGGCCUUCCGCGGCCGAGGACCCUAACCUAACUGUACGGUAGACCAUCCCAAACAGUUCCUCGGGAUUCUUUUUUCGGCACCUCACGACACCUCCGUCGGUCUUUCUGCCGGCCGUUCACUGAUCCGGAUUUUUUUUUUUUUUUUCAUUACAGAUGAUCGUUUUCGCCGCCGUGUGCGUGGCCGCCGCCCUGGGACAAUACGCCGCCCCGUCUUACUCCGCGCCGAAAGCCUACGCCCCCGAGCCCGCGUACGCCCCGAUCCCGUACAAAUUCGAGUACGCCGUCAACGACCCGCACACCUACGACGUGCACAGCCAAUCCGAGUCCGGCGACGGUAACGGUUACGUCAAGGGCACCUACAGCCUGGUCGAACCCGACGGUUCCGUACGCGUCGUCGAGUACACCGCCGACGACCACAGCGGUUUCAACGCCGAAGUCAAGAAGAUCGAAGGAGGUUACAAGGCCCCGUACAGCGCGCCCGCCUACAAGCCCGCGUACUGAUCGUCCCCCUCGUGUCCGCAACUGUUCCGCGUCAUCUCCAGCACACCAUACACUCAUCGCUUGUCAAUAUUCACCGAGCUCUCGAUACGACAGCGUUUCGUUUAAGAAACGAUACUGCCGUGGCUCACUUCCCAUCCCUGUUCACCGCGUUAUCCACGCACGAUAUUUUGUCGUAUAAUUUGUUAGAAAAAUAAUAUAUCGUUGAAUAAAUAAUUCAUUAUUUAAACCGUAUAUAUAA